GCCCCGCCCUCUGCCCGCGCGGUACCGCUUCCGGGACCCUGACCUUCGCCGCGCCGGGCGAGCGCGGUGCGGGGCCCGCGGCCUCCCCUCAAGCAACUCCUCCUUCCCCCGCAGCCUCGGGACCGCAGGGCAGGGCGGUGUCGGGCCUCACUUGUGGAAGAACCCACCGUCGGCGUCCAGGUCUACUAGACGGCGAAGAUGUCGGCGCCAAACAUGGAGGAGCGGAAGGCCUGCUGGGGGGCCCGGGACGAGUUCUGGCAGUGCCUGGACAAGCACGCCGAGGACGCCUCCAAGUGCGAGAAGCUGCGGCUGGCCUUCGAGUCCCGCUGUCCCCAGCAGUGGGUUAAAUAUUUUGACAAAAGAAGAGACUUUUUAAAAUAUAAAAAAAAGCUUGAAACAGAAGGCUAUCAUCCUCCAGAAGCUGCUGGAAAGUCUUAGAUACUCAGCUCUUCAAAAUAAAUCUAGUGAGAACAACUACGGAAGAAGAAGCACGAGGAAGCGACAGAAGCUGCUUGAGCUCAAGAACUGACUGUCUCUCCGAAAUGCAGGCUGCUGUUCUUGUUGCAAGGUCUCAUGUGCCUGCUGAAAAAAGAUGGUCAUGGACAACUUUUUCUUAAGUCAAAGAAAUAUGGUGCAGGGCUGUUCACAAACCUAAGGUUUUGAAUGUGUAAUUAGUCAAAUUGUUUCACCUGAAUAAAUGAUUAUUUAAUAGUGUAAUGUACAUAUUUGAAAGAACAAUAAAAUUGUUUUUCGUAAGUGAA